UUGAAGCUAUGAUUCUAUAAACAACUGUGCACUCAGCUUUGGGAUUUGAUCUGAAUCCUUAAUUGCUGUCACAAUGAGUUGUAGCUUCAAGCACACCUCUAAAAGCUACUCUUUAGGUGGUAGCAGUGGUGGUGUUUGUGGUAGGGGCGGUGGGUUCUCUUCAAGCUCCUGUAGAAGAUAUGCUUCUUCCAGAGCAAUCAGUGGAGGAGGUUUUUCUAGUAGGAGCUUUGGUGGAGGAAGUGCCAGGUGUGGUUAUGGAGGAAGUUAUGGAGGAGGCAUGAGCAGUGGAAGUUAUAGUGGCAUUGGGGGAUUUGGUUGUGGUUCUGGAGGUGGCUUUGGUGAAGGCAGCAUUGGCUUUGGUGGCGGCAGCAUUGGCUUUGGUGGCGGCAGCAUUGGUGGUGGAGGAGGUUUUGGGGGUGAUGAUACUGGCUUCCUUUCCAACAAUGAAAAGAUGACCAUGCAGAACCUUAAUGAACGCCUAGCAUCUUACUUGGACAAGGUGCGAUGUUUGGAGGAAGACAACCUUCAGCUCGAACAUCUAAUCAGGGAGUGGUAUCAGACACAUGGUCCUCAAGGUGGAAAGGAUUACAGCCACUAUUAUGGACCAAUUGAAGACCUUCUAAACCAGAUUGUUUUGGCAACUGUGGCAAAUAACAAGAUUAUACUGGACCUAGAUAAUGCCAGGAUGACUGCUGAAGACUUCAGGAUGAAGUAUGAGACUGAAUAUAGUCUUCGGCAGAGUGUGGAGGGUGAUAUUAAUGGCUUGCGCCCUGUGUUGGACAACCUGACUUUAGCUAAGUCUGACCUGGAGAUGCAAUUUGAGUCCCUACGGGAGGAGCUGAUUCAACUCAAGAAGAAUCAUCAGGAGGAAAUGAGUUCAUUGCAGUCAGAAUCUGGUGGUGAUGUCAGUGUGGAGGUCAGUGCUGCUCCAGGAGAAGAUCUGAUGGGAAAAUUGAAUGAGAUGAGAAAGGAGUAUGAAUACAUCAUCCAGAGGAACCGUGAGGAGGUUGAACGCUGGUAUGAAAGCAAGAUGGAAGAGGUUAGACACGAAGUCCACACCAGUGGUCAGGAGAUUGAAUCAAGCAACCAACAGGUCUCAGAGCUGAGACGUGAAUAUCAGAGACUGGAAAUUGAGCUCCAGUCUCAGCUCAGCACGUUACAGUCCUUGCAAUCCAACUUGGAGGACACAGACUACCGUUACAACAUGCAGCUGCAGCAGAUCCAGAACAUGAUCAUCCCUGUGGAAGAAGAACUGGCCAGUAUCCGAUGUGAAAUGGAGAGUCAGAAUGAGGAGUACAAGAUGCUACUUGGCAUCAAGACUCGCCUGGAACAGGAAAUCUGUCAAUACCGGGAGUUGCUUGAUGAAGGACAGCAUGACAUUGGCUACAUACAGGGAGGAGGAGGAGGAAGAGGAGGACAUGGAGGAGUUAGUUGGUCAUCAGCUGGUGGAAGUGGUGGAGGAGGAGGAAGUGGCUGGUCAUCAUGUGGUGGAGGUGGUACUAGCUGGUCUUCAGGAGGAGGAUGUGGCACUGGAGGCACAGGAGGAAGAUCCUGUAGUAAAAUUUCAGGAGGAGGUGUCUGUGGUGGGGGUAACUCUUCUUACUGCUUUGCUUCAUCUUCCCAGCCUCAGCCCAACAAAAGUGAAGGCCAAGAAGGUAAUGAAAAUCUAAGAAUUUGCCUACAGGGGAAUAAUACAUUGGAGAGAGGAGCAACAAUGGAAGAAGUGACUGAAGCCAUAAAGACUAUGAAAUCUGGGCAAUCCAGGAAGCUUUAUGCCUGAUCAGCAACACCAGCCUCUCCCAGUGCAGGACCUUCAAGUCAAACUUCAGACAAAGUGGAAGUGCUCCCAGGAUGUUCAGUGCAUGCCUGUGCAAAUGAGCAAGGAGAAAUGCUUAUUCCUAUUACUCAGUGCUGUUGAUGACAUCUAUACCAGCAGGCUCAUCUGAGCUGCUCAGAUGGCCUCCUCCAUGCUAUCUGUUUCUUUCCUCUGCAUUCUUGUGUCCAGACACUGUUACUUAAUGGAACUGUAUUGUGCUUAGAAAUUUACCUCCUGAUGAAAAAUAUCUUGAAUAAAGCUUCAUUUCUGUCUGCUGCAACCAUAAAA